AUGACUUGGUGGAUAACUGGUUUACUCAUUGCUUCUAUUGUUUGUAUUGAAGCCCGCGAAUUAGUUCGACCUGGAGCAAGAUUAAUAAAAAACCAUCAACAUGGUCGUUUAUUACUAAUGAGGGACAGAAGGAACCCUAUUGCAUCAUACAAUCCAUCACGAGCGAUGAUGCUGACCGGUUUCUACCGGCCGAUACGAUACUCAACUGGUAGUCAGGCGACUGGCGUAUUUGCACAGGGUAAUGCGGUUAGCGGCGGAUAUCUUGCAGGAACCCACAGCCGAAAUUAUCUACCGCGUGCUCCAGAACCUGUUGCUCAACCUCAUGUUUUGAGUGCAGAGGCUGAGGCGGAGGCUGCGAGAGAACCAGAACCAGAACAACAAGGUACACCGGUCUACGGUAAUCAAGAGGACGUCGGUUAUCCUGCGAGCCAGAGUGACCAAGAGCUGGGAAGCGAGCCUGAAACUCAAUUGAAAGAUGAAAAUGAAGGAUUACCUGAAACUCCAUUUCAAGAAGAGGAGCAGGAAGAUGAAAAAGUGUCGAAGCCAGUGUCGGUAAAUCCUCAAGGGAAUAAAACCAAGAAGACUACAGUUAACGUUGCAACUGAUGAAGAGGAAGAUGAAGAAGAAGAUGAUGAUGAUACCUUCAAGCCCUAUUUGCCUUCUAAGUCAAACAAGGGCGUUCCUAAUUUAACUAAUUUCUUCCCGAUGAUGUUCAGUUUUCCCAGAUCUGCUGGAAAAAGCGGAAGUUCUUCUGGCUCGGGGAUGAUCACUGCUAUUGCUAAUAGCGGCUAUGUGAGAGUUGUAAGGGCAGCAUUGCCCGAUCCUGAUCCUCGUCACCACGGUCAUUACAGUCAAUACCGUCCUCAGAGUUACGGCGGCGACUACUACAGUGGCUACGACAAUUAUGAUAAUUAUGGCCACGGUGGUUACAAUCAGGGCUACGGUGGUUACGGUAAUAAUUAUAAUCCUUACCAAAAUAAUGGAUAUUCAUCUAAUUCUGCUGCUAACGCUGCGUCAUUUAGCUCUCCAUGGGGAAGUGGUGCAUUCGCCAACGCAAAUUCAGCAUCUGGUGACGUCGGCGCCCUGUUUAGCCGAUUGCCGAUCAGCGCGCGGGCGGGAGCGUUGGUAAUGAAAAGUGUUUCCAUCUUCUUGUCGAGCGGACGCAAGCCCUCAGUCAAUUCCAAGAAACCCGGGGAACAGAUCCAGAGAAGAAGGCGCAGAAAGCUCACCGAGGAAGCCGCAAUGAAGGCUUACCAUGCCAAAGUUGUCGAGGCUCUGAAGAAGAAGACGAGGUUUUCUCGACCGGAACUUGAAGCUUUGUGCAAGAUUUACAGGAAAAUUACGACCGUUCCUACAGCUAAGAUCGGGGUUACUUUGUUCACCAAAGGAGCUCCUCAGACCAUUCAGACUGUUGAAGGUAUCGACAGAACGAUAUUCCGUGAACUGCUGCACAAUACCUUUGAUAUUAUCACAGAAGACGCAUUGAUUGAACGAAUGUUUUGCUGCUGGGAUCGUGAUAGUGAAGGUGCUAUCAGACUUGAAUCUUGGAUCAUGGGAUUGGACGUUUUCGUUCGUGGAACCCUGAGAGAUAAAAUGGAAUUCUGUUUUAGAGUUUAUGAUUUGAAUAGCGAUGGAUUUAUAACCAAGGAUGAAAUGUUUCAAUUACUCAAAAAUUGUCUAAUAAAACAACCAGGCGAAGAAGAUCCCGACGAAGGUGUGCGAGAUUUAUCAGAGUUGAUCCUAAAAAAAUUGGACGUCGAUCACGACGGCAAAGUUUCCUUCAACGACUACGAAUGCGUUGUAAAAGAAGAGCCAUUGUUAUUGGAAGCUUUCGGGCAGUGUUUACCAACCGAGGAAAGUUGUUCGGCAUUUCUUACAACAUUGCAGCCAUAG